AUGGCAUUAACAGGCUCUGGGAUUAAAUGGACCGCUCCUCCUAAUCAAACUACUACAGCAAAGGAGGCAGCCAUUUGGUCCAUUAUGUUCAUGCCAGCUCCCUCGUCGCUAGCUACCCUCUCCCCUGCCGCCGAAUUCUUCAAGGAGGGGGAGGAGAAGGUUUUAAUCGAAAAGAUUUAUUCCGAAUCGCCUCAGCCACUCGCUCGCGCUCUCUGUCUGCGUCUCGCGACGACUGGCGCCUGGACAGGAAGUCAGCUCGGUGAUGGACGUGAGCCCUCGACCAAUUGGAAGGAAGGGGGCGGGCUCUCUAACCCCAGGACAGCUGACAACAACUACCUGCAUUGCCAUAGCUUAGGGUCGAAACUCUGUUUUUCAGAGGUCCAGGCACACAUGGAAAAUCUCAUCCAAUGGACUCCGUUUACAAACAAAAAAACGGACAGACUUGUACCAGUCGGUCUCGCCCACGCAACCACAGUCCUGUUUUAUCAUAACCCACACGCCUCUGACUGUCAUCUGAAAUAUCCCAGGAAAGGCAAAAUCAGAGAUUGGAACUCAGACCAGAAUUUUGCAAAAACGAGAAGGUCUGGCCAGUUCCUCUCUGAGACAUCCAGGAAAUCACCUGGCCCUAUCUUUAGUAACAGUUCACCCUCAGUCAGAAACAAAUCUCAUCCUCGAACGGCUUCAAGCUUUUGGCAUCCGCAGUUCAAGAAAACAUUUUUUUUCAAAAGGCCCACUCCUGUCUGAAAAUAGAACAUGUCCUGCUAUUUGACCUCAGUUAGCCUAAAACUGUGACAACCCCUCUUCUCUAACUUGCUUGAUGAGGUAAAAUGGUGAUCAAAAGUACAUUCUGUCCUUGAGUAUUGCUGAAAGAAAAGACUUGGCAUGAAAGGGUCAGUACAAGAGGGAAAGCCAAACAGAUUAAGCCUAUGUCUACUGGGGGUUUAGAAGAACUAAAGGUAAUCUUAUUCCUGAUGAGGGGCUUAUGCCCGAAACGUCAACCCUCCUGCUCCUUGAAUGCUGCCUACCUGCUGUGU